CUUGUGGAUAAGAUAACCAGCCAUAACAAUAUACAAAGACUGGACUCAUGAUAAAGAAAAUAUAACUCAAGAAACAAUGAAUGCUCUAGUUUCUUCACAACGAUCACCCCUCUACCUCACAAAACCAUCUCCACAAUGGAAAUCAAAGACCCCAAGUCACCACCCUACAAUCUUUCGAAGCCAAAAUAAUCCAUCAACAAGAAGUCGGCUCAACGCAAAUGCCAAAGGCUUUACGAGCAGAAAACCACCACAUGUGAUAAAAGAAAACACCCUUGACAUUAAAACAACCACCUCUAACGAACACAACGGCAGUGACGAUGAAGAACUACCAAAAGAGGUGGUUAAUAGGGUUAUAAAGAGAAUCUUGGUCUCUGUAGGGGUACCUAUGGCUCUUGGGUUGGCAUUCUUGAAAUUUUUUGGAAGUGUUAGAGAGCAAGGUAUUUGGGAUGUGCCGGUAUGGAUAGUAUUUGCUACGACUUUCUUAACUUUUGGGACUUCUGCUCUUGGGAUUGCUUAUGGGGCUUUGUCUGCAAGUCUGGAUCCUAACAAGAAAGGUUCUUUGCUUGGGUUUGAAGAGGUUCAAGAGAACUGGGUUGAGAUGUGGAAAGAAGAAGAUGGAAACAAUUAGUAGAAGGUGAAAUACUAUAAGAAUGUAUGCCUCUACCCAAUAACUAUCACUAGUUCCCUAAAUAGUCAAUGUCUUAAUUGUUUCAGUCUUUCUUCCGCUGGAGUUCUUGAAAAUACCAAGUAAUGUUCACAAGUAUAUUCACUUUCAA